AUGCUUGUCCUCCAGAUCCUCACAGCGGCUCUUACCAUCUCUUUCGCAAAGGCGAAUCCUGUCGUUGUCGACGUGCGCAACUGGGAGGCCCCUACCACGAACGGGGACUUCAAACGCGGGGAACUGGUCGCUGCGAGUCCUGCUAGCCAUUACGCCGAAUACCUCCCAAGGGCUACAGAGACCAGCCUGACUUAUCGUUACUACGAAGAACGUGCUACUUCAUGCAUCGCUGUCGUAGCCAAACCCCCGAACCCUACUACGGUCUGGGCUUGGGCGCCCUGUGGCAUCGCAGCUAUUUGUGGUACGGUUGCUCUCGUGCUUGGAGCUCUCUGUUGCAACGGCGUCAUUAAAAAUUGCGACAAGACGGGUUUCGCGUCGAUCGCUGCUGGUACGAAGCCCGUCACCGGCGACGUUAUGUCGGCGUUGAAUGGUGGUGCAGGUCAAAACGCACCUUUCACUCGUGACUCGGGCUUUUUGAGGAGCAAGGGUUCCAAUGUCCCAAAGUAG